AUGUUAAAUUUAAUUAGAAGUUCAAAAAAAAUUAUACCAAAAACUUCAGUGGCAACAAAGUUAUUUUUUACUUCAACAACAACCACAUCAACAACAAAUAUUGAUAAUGUUAAUAUACAUCAGCAUUCAAAACACAAUAAUAGUAAUAACAACUUAAGAUAUAAUAAUAAUAGUAAUAAUAGUAAUAAUAAUAAUAACAACUCAAAAAAUGCUCUAAGUAAAUCACAAAAAUUUAUGGAGAAAUUACAUUCAAAGGUUAAGGAGCAUUAUUCACCAACUAGUGAAGCUGAUAAAAAGAAAAAAGAAUAUUUAAUUAAACUUUCCAAUUUAUUAUUUGGUGUAGAACAAUCAAAACCAACUUAUUAUUUAAUUGAAGAAUUAGUAGAAAGUCCACACCAUACAAUUGAAUCAGUAGAGUUUUUAUAUAAUAAUAUUCAAUUUAAAGGGAAAAAUUCAAGUACAUUAAAUUUUAUAUUUGAACAAUUUAUAAAUCAUUUAUUAAAUCAAAAUAAAAUAACAGAUAUAUCAACAAAAAAUACACAACAAAAUGAAAGGGUUUUAGAGAAUGUCAAUAAUAUUAUCAAUUUUGUCGAAAAUAAUAAUAAAGUUUAUUUUAAUAAUGGUUUUUAUAAUAGUCUAUUAAGAUAUUAUAUUGGAUUCAAUAAUAAGGAGGGAAUGGAACAAUUAGUUCAAAGAAUUAUUUUAAGUCAUAAAGUUGAAGAUCGUCAAAGUCUCAGUUUAUUAGUGAUCGCUUGUUUAAGAACCAACAAUAUAACAGCAGCUGCAUCUUUAUAUAAUAAAUUAUCAACACAACCCAACGCUCAAUCUUUAGAUGCUUUUAACGAAUUUUUAAAUUAUCAUUUAUCCAAAGGUACUCAAGAAUCAAUCAAUUUAGCAAUUAAAUUAUUUUUUAGAAAUUUAAACUCUGUUCCAAUUUUUAUCAACUCUAAUUACUUUUUAGAAUUUAUUGAAAAAGUAUCUCAAAUGGAAAGACCAGUAGUUAAUGAAAUACUAGAUUUAAUCAGUAAAAAGAAUUUUAUAACAUCAACUACAUUUUUAAAUAUAUCAUUACAUUUCCUUAGACAAAUGCCAUUACAAACAUUAGAAAAGCAAUCAGAGUAUUUGGAAAUUUCCAAAGAGAUCUAUGAUAACCGUGUUAAAAACUUCAAAGGAUUACCAAGUGAAGAUUUAUCAACCAAAUUAAUUCUUUGGUGUAUUUUAUCAAAUCAAAUGGAUGAAUUGGAGAGAAUUUUAAAUAAAACAAAUGUAAAGAUUGAUGUCCAUGUCACUCAAAGAUUACUAGAAUACAUAAAUAUAGAGCAAAAUUUACCACAAGACGUCAAGAAUAAAUUUAAUAAUUUAAUUUUAAAAAAUUCAGUUCCAAACACAAUGUAUUUAGUAUUGGUUUAUAACGAAUUGUCAAAUAAUCAAGAGUUGGCAAAAUUAGUAGAAAACCAUUUAAUGGUAGACUCUACAUUAAGAAUCAAACAUCACUCAUUAAAUUUCAUAAUUCAAACUUAUUUAGUUUUAGACUUGUAUCAUAUGGCACUCAAUUGGUUAGGAAAGAAAAUUUCAGUUUAUGGUUCAUCACCAUCCACUCAAGUAUAUAAAAUAUUUUUACAAUUCCACAAAGAGGUUACUAAAGAUCAAAUUUUGGAAGAUUUUUGGAAGGUUAAGGUUUUAGAUGAAAGUUAUGAAAAACUAUUAAAGGCACCAUAUCAUGAAAUAUUUGAAAAAGAAACAUCAUCCACAACAGUUUAUUCACCAAGUUCCACUUCAGUUACAAAUACAAAUAAUAAUAUAAAAAUUAAAAUCGUUACAAAUACAAAAGAAGAUAGUCCACCCAUUUCAAAUAAAAUUCAAUCUAUCAAAGAUAAAAGAGCAAAUCUCGAAAUGAAAUGGAGAUCAUUUGAAAACAUAUUAAACAAACCAAUAUAUUUUAACACUUUAAAAAAACAAAAUAUACCUUCCAGUUACAGUCAUCACCCAAUUUUAUCUCAAUUAUUCAAACAUGAAAAUUUAUCAGAGAUCGACUUUUUAAUUGAAAAACUUUUAGAAUCAUUCAAACCAGAUGAAAAUUAUAAUUUUAGAGAGUCAAUCUUUUUAUCACCAAGUAUUUACAAUGUAAUAAGAGCCUACAAAAUAAUCGAAAGGGAAAAUAUAGAAAAGUAUAUCGAUUUGUUAAAUAGAUCACCACAAUAUAUUAGAUCAAUAGUAUUUAGUCCAGACGCCUACACCAAUAUCUUUGAAUAUGACUUUAAGCUCGGCAUAGAAACAUUAUUAAAGGAGCCUCAAGCUAUUCAACACUCACAAUGGAUAUACAACACAUUAUUAAAAUAUUUAGUUAAACAUGACCAUGUCGAUUUAGCAUCAAUUAUCAUCGGUAAAAUGCUACAGUUGGGUAAAUUCAUUGCUCAUGGUGAAGAAUUCCUCAAGUUAUCCAUUAAAAAAGAUGGUCAUUCAAGAGCGAUUAUGGGCCCACUCUGCGAUUACAUGAUUCAAGUAUACAAAAUGUCACCAUCCAUCGCAAAUCUUGAAAUUAUGAAAUUAUUAGAUUUAGGUUUGGUUGAUGAAGCUUUAGAAAUCUUUAAUUUGGCACCAAAGAAUGAGGACUCUAUUUCAUUAGGUCUUAGAAUCUAUUCAAAGAAAUAUCCAAUUCCACCAAUUUCAAAUUUAAUGUUUUGGGGUUCUCUUUCAGAAAUCGAAAAAUCAACCAAUCCAAAUGGUCGUAUAUUCUAUGAAAACUUUUAUAGAGUACUCUAUGACAAUAGUCUCGGUCACAUUAUUAAACUCUAUGGUGAAAAAACAAACUCUAUCGAACAUUGCACUCCAUUGGAAUUCCAUUAUCUCUUAUUAUCAGAACCUAAUGAAAGUUCAAGUUUAGAUCUUUUUUCACGUUAUCCACUCAAUAAACCAAUUUUAAAUGAAUCUUACGAUUAUUUACGUUCAAAUUUAGACUUUUUACCAAAUGCUCAAAUUAAACAAAAAUUAGAAAAAACUAAAGCAAUUUCCUACUCUAACAAUUCAAAUUUCAAACCAAUCGAUAAAGAAACCGUUUUAAUAAUACUCGAUAAGUUUUCAACAUAUAAACCCAGUAUUCAUCAAUUAAUAAUGAAUUUUUCAGAAGAUGAUUUAAAAAUUUUAAUUACCGAAAAAAAAGAUAGAGACAGCGAAAAUUUUAAUAAUAUAAUUUAA